GAAGCCGAUGAGAAUAGUGGUAAGACAUCAUCCAAUUGACAAUUAACAGAGGACUGGUAACACUACACAUACUACAGGAGGGUGUUCGGUAUAUUAUAUACAUAAAGUAACAUUAUUAUGUUCGUUUCGUUUCUUGUUACAGUUCCGUUCGUGGUUACGGUAUCCCUUGGGGUUGCUUCGGCCUUCGAGUGUCUCGACUGCAGCGAAGUCCCAGUCGAGUGCGACGCCGAAUCCUGCGUUCCGAUUAGCUGCACGACGUCGGUGCCGUGUGUCGGGUAUUGUCUGAUCGCUACAUUCCCUGAUAUGACGUCAUCAUCUAUGACCAAUGGCUCCGAUCCGUCGAGCCAGAACAUCAAUGGCAUGUUCGCCUGCAUCAACGAAACAAACCCUGAGAUAGGCGGAAAGAAACAUUGUCAGGCGCAUCCUGAUGACUACAGUUACGCUGCGGAGGGAUCCUACUCGUGCUCUUGCGCCAGUGACGGAUGCAACAAGGUACUCUACACGGCAGAGGCCACUAUACCCGAAGAACCUACAGUCCCACCUUCGAGUGAACCUGACGCAACCCCCACCAAAACCAAAGGUCCGCCAAUUGAAAACACAGAUCCAAAUAAAACAGAAGAAGGUAGGAAGGGACAGAUGUUGGAUCGGGAGAUUCUGGUCAUCGUCGUCUGUUCCGUAGUGCCGGCAGUCCUCCUCACGAUUGUGAUCGCCGUCGCCGGGUACAUCCACUUCACUCGAUACCGACAACCCAUGAAUGACGAACUAAACACCCAGACACAGACGAGCAACACGGAGAGCACGAGCAUUGACAUGACCACGGAUGAGAGCGAGACGAAACGACUCGGGGAGUACAGUCCUCCUGACAGCCCGCUCCAUCUCAAUGGUAACUACCUUCCUAUUACACUGGACGAGCUCAUUGGAAAAGGACGCUUCGGCGCCGUGUGGCGGGCACACUGGAAGAUUAACAAUGGUACCAAAGAGCGUACCGUCGCCGUCAAGGUCUUCUUAGAAUACGACUCAGCAUCGUGGAACGUCGAGAAAGAGCUCUUCACGGAUCACUCAGUCAUGAUGCGACACGAGCACAUUGUCCAGUUCAUCUCGGCCGAAGUUCGUCGUGUCAGCGUGACAAGCCCAACUCGUCAAUACUGGCUUAUCACCAAGUAUUACAAGAAUGGUUCUCUGCACGACUAUCUGCGCCAGCGUUCUGUGAAUUGGAUCGACCUCUGUAAGCUUUGUGGUUCGGCGGCCAGAGGAUUGGCACAUCUUCAUGCUGAGACGUAUGGAUCGCAUGGGUUACACAAGGUACCUGUUGCGCACAGAGAUCUGAAGAGUACCAACAUACUGGUGAAGGACGAUGGCUCAUGCGCCAUUGCUGACUUCGGAUUGGCCAUCCGAUUAGAUCCUCAAUCUUCAACGGAUCACCUGGCAAACAGUGGGCAGGUGGGUACCCCUCGCUACAUGUCUCCUGAAGCCUUAGAAUGCAAGGUCAAUCUGCAGGAUAUUGAAUCUUUCAAGCAGAUGGACACCUAUGCCCUGGCCCUCAUCCUCUGGGAGAUCACCUCAAGGUGUACCUUACUCAAAGACAUAAACGAAUACGAGCUUCCAUUCAGCCGCAGUCUGGGCGAUAGGAGGGCUAGUCUCGAGAUGAUGAAGACACUUGUGGUCCUGAGGAGAGAAAGGCCUCCCAUUACAGACGAGUGGCUCAGAAAUCCAGGUCUCACGAUCAUCAAGAACACAGUGGUGGACUGCUGGGACGAGGACCCAGAGGCGAGACUGACAGCGUCCUGCGUUGAGGCACGGUUCCAGGAACUUAUCCUGUGGCACGAGGGUGAGCCACACGCACAGUCCUUCUACACCAGCAAGGGGAAAAGAGGCAGGACUACUUUGGUCUAACCAGCAAAUAUGGGGCUGUUUACUUUAACGACCUAUAUUUAUGCACUGCUUUUAAUAAUCUAGACAGAAACAGUAUUAUGUCAAAAGGCAUGUUACAGCUUUCGCCCGUGUCAGAUGAAGAUUAUUGAAAAAGCCCUUCUAGAUCUAUAUACCAACGCGGAAUUGGCAACUCUGACUCUGAGGCAAGACCACUUUAAACGGAUUUUAGAAGAAACUGGCCUCAUGGACAUGGACAAUAGCGAAUUAGUCAUUAGAAAAAAGGUUAGAAAGUAAACCUACUGCUCGAUCCGUGCCUGAUCCCUUGGGGUGUGCAGGAAGAGGAAUCGCACACAUCCAUUGUAGGCCUAUCCAGCGAGGAACGCAGGAAAAGGGCAGGUCAGUCCGUACUGCUACAGAGCAAGGGAAAGACAGUUCAUGAUCAGAGCGAUUAUGUCGGUCCCAUAGAACUUCUGAAAGUUACGUGAGGAUACACGAGACCGACCGGUCACUGGACCGCGGGCCUUAUAAGACAACGCUUCUCGAGUUUUGAUAUGUGGUACAAUUCAAAUCAGACGUUAAUACUCCAUCUUCCUACCUGGAUCGAUCCCGCCCCUUUUUUUGUUCAUAAUUAUUAUUGUCUUUUUUCCAGUGAAUGAGCUAUACAGUAGAUGUUCCACAGAGUGUAUGCAUGUGACCUGUACGAUCAGCCUGAACAUUCUGAAUGGUUGGUUAUGUAGUGAAUAGCAACAAUAAUUGUGUGAUUUGGGGGCAUUUGAAUCAUAAAAAUUAUUUAUAACUCAAUAUUGCUGGAAUCCUUACAACUAAAAGCACUGGACCAGUAUGGGACGACACCAUGAAUGGUGCGAUGUUAUGGAUUAAGCCGAAACAAACCCGAAACAAACACCUACAUUUUAAAACUAUGUCUACAGCCAUGUUUAAAAUGUGAGGCAUUCCAAGAGCAGUUCUUUACUUGUGUUAUUAUUAACAUGAUUAAGAUAUUUAUAUUAUUCUUCUACUUAGGAAAACAAGAGAAAGGUAACAAAUAAUGUUCACAUAUACUUGAACUCGUCCCCUAGCUUAUCACAUUCUUAGUGAUUCCUUCAGUCGUUUGACAAAAUAACAUAUUUGUAAUUCUACAUGCAAUAACGGCGUCAUGUAAUUUCCAAUUGUGCCCAUUAAAAUAAUGUUAAAAGCAAGAUCCAGCAUGUCGGAAAAAAGAUGACCAAGUCUCUCUCCUUUUGUUUGUAAAUACGUGAUGUAAAAUGAUGAAAUUUGUAUUACAACAUAUUGAGAAUGUAUGUAUAAAUUUGGGGGAUGUAUAUUUUAUAAGCCUAAAUGCUUGCAUAUUUUAACUUUUGUAAAUGUGUAUCAUAAAUCGCAUGCAGUGUUGUCAAAUUGGUGAGGAGGUUUGAUAUGAAGUGAACAGAAAUACUCUGAUUAAGAAUAUGGUGCUACGUACGUGUAUGAUAAGAAACUGUUAUAUCCUGGGAAUUUUUGACCUAGUGAAUUAUUGGUGAAUUAUCAAUGAAUUUAAAAACAAAUUAUAUUCAUCAUUCGUUAUUGAUUGAUUUGGUUAUAUUUACAUUUCAUCUUUCCAUUCAAAUUCAUGAAGUUUUUUAUAAUUAAGAAUGUGAUAUUUUUCAAAAUCAAAUGAUAUGCAUAAGUUAGGAUCUAUUAGAUCUGUAUCAUCUCAAUCAUAAUUGAUUAAAGAUCUAUCAUCAUCGUCAUUAAUAUUAGCAACAACAAGAUAUUUACUGCUUAGUAUAUUUAAUAUUACCGAGUUUUGGGUAAUACUAUAAAUCAUUAUGUAACUUUUAAAAACUCAGCAGAGGGUUUUUCACAAUGUGCCUUAAAUGAACAAGAAAGAAACGACUGCUCGUGUCUCCAAAUAUAUAGUGUGAAUUAUCUUUGCAAGAAAAUGAGUAUCUCGUUAUUACGAGCAUUAUUAUUACGACGGGACGAUAUUUGUAUAUUUUGAAAAGUGGUGCAAUAUUUGAUAUAACUAUAUGUUGAAAUAAUCUUGAUUUUUGUCUACAUAUCCAGCUAUGCAAGAGAAAUCUACACUAAACUGAAAUAAGAUUCUGGCGUGAAUCUUCCUGCAUCCUAAAUUUUGGGUUUAAUCCGUUUUUUCUGAAUGUCGAAAUUAUAUGAGGAAUGUGAGGAUAGGUAACAAUCCAAAUGAAAUGAUAAGCUUAUCAUAAAGCAGAAUGAUAAUUAAGUAAACUAUUGAAAAAAAUAACACGAUGCGAAAUAAAAUGCAAGUGCUUUAUGAUACAUUUGUAAUUACAUUCUCUCCGUUACACUAAUCUUGUUGUCGUAUUAUGGUCUUGUACAUUUUAAUGAAAUAAAGACAAAUUUAAAGAUUUGAAA